UUUUACUAGUUUUUUAAGAAUGAUAAAAUUCCAAUCAAAAACAUUAAGAACAAAAACCUUUUUUAGUUCCUAUUUAAGAGGAAAACGUACAAUUUUUACAGGUCUUUCAUCAUCUGAAAAAAUAAAAGGAAAUUCAGAAUAUGAUGAAUUAUACCAUAUAAAACUGCCAGAAUCAGUUUUUGAAACAUAUAAUCUUGAUCCUCUCCCUUUAGAUAUUACAGUUAGCAAGAAAGAGCUGAUUAAAAUGUAUUCUGAUAUGGUAACAAUAAGGCGUAUGGAAUUGGCAUCGGAUUUAUUGUACAAAUCGAAAAAAAUCCGAGGAUUUUGUCAUUUGUAUAUUGGACAAGAAGCAGUUGCAGUUGGUAUUGAACAAGCAAUUACACCCGAGGAUCAAGUAAUUACGGCUUAUCGAUGUCAUGGGUUUGCGUAUGUUCGGGGCUCUAGUAUUAAAUCGAUUAUAGCAGAGUUAUUAGGUCGUGUUGAUGGUGUUUCUCGAGGUAAAGGUGGUUCCAUGCAUAUGUUUUCAAAAAACUUUUAUGGGGGUAAUGGAAUUGUAGGAGCACAAGUUCCAGUGGGUGCAGGAAUUGCUUUUGCUAUGAAAUAUUUGAAUAGACCUAAUACUACUUUUACUCUAUAUGGCGAUGGUGCAUCGAAUCAAGGUCAAGUUUUUGAAGCCUAUAAUAUGGCUAAACUUUGGAAGAUUCCUGUCGUUUUUGGAUGUGAAAAUAAUAAAUACGGAAUGGGAACUUCUGCAGAACGAAGUAGUGCAAUGACAGAUUAUUACAAACGUGGUCAUUAUAUACCUGGUAUUCAGGUAGAUGGAAUGAAUGUACUUGCUGUUAAACAUGCGUCCGCCUUUUCAAAACAAUAUAGUCUCAAAAAUGGACCAUUAGUUAUGGAAUUUGUUACAUAUCGUUAUGGCGGCCAUUCUAUGUCCGAUCCAGGAACUAGUUAUCGUACAAGAGAAGAAAUUCAACAUGUGCGUAAUACUAAUGAUUGUAUUUCCCUCCUAAAGAAGAUAAUGUUGGAUUACAAUGUGAUUACCGAAUCUGAAUUUAAAACUAUUGAUAAAUCAAUUCGAUCCCAUGUCGAUAAAGAAGUUAAAGAGGCUGAAGAAAGCGAUUUUCCAACACCUGAUCCAAAAACUCUUUUUAGUGAUAUUUAUGUGCCUGGAUCCAAUCCUGAAUUUUUUCGAGGACGUUGGUCUGGUGAAAUUUAUACAUCCAAGAGUCUUUUUUAAACUCAUU